AUGUCGAACACCUCUUCAUCACAUGGUUCCUCGCGUGGGAUAGACUUUAGGCCGUCUACCCCCGACCAGACCCGACCUACGCUUUCUCGAUCGAACUCCCUGGCACCGAAAUCAGAAUACCUACGGCAUGCGCUUCAAGCACGGAGGGCACAGGGUACGCCUACUCCUUCACCUCAGGAUAUCAAAGUGCCCCCACCACCAGCACAGAAGCCUCCGGAGAUAUGCACGCCUAAGACUUCGCCUGAUAUCUUUGAUCAAUUCGCCCUCACAGAAGAACAGAUGACCCCGGUUUCGCCCAUCCGACGACGCCGGCCCAGCGAUGCUCGUCCACCGCAGUCCAGGACGAGUCGAGAACUCACAGACGAGAUCGACAAGCUGAAACAGACGCUCAUGACUGCCAACAUGCGAGUGGAGCUGCUGAGGAAGGACAACAAGGUGCUGCAGCAUGAUUUGACUGCCGCCAAAGAACAAAUCGAACGGAUGGAGCCACUAGAGGAUUUGAACUACGAGCUGAGUGCGGAGAACAAGCAACUCAGACUCAAAAUGGAAAAGAUGGAUGAAGAGAUGACGAAGCUGCGAGAAAUCGACGAGGAGCAUCGGAAGACCAACAUCGAGCUCACCGCUAUAGCGAGCGAGAGCGCGGCACACUGGACAGAUCACGAGCUCGCCAUCGAAGAAGCUGCCGAGACCAUCAUCAUGAUGGAGGAAGAGAAGGAGUUGCUUUCGGAAGAAGUCAAGCAACUCAAACAGCGAGUCAUGGCUAUAGAAAGCCAUUCCCCUGCUAGCACGCUCGUCAACAGCCCGGGCAAGUUUCCACUUCGCGUCUUCAGUGUGGACGAGUCGCGGCCCUCUACUUCGCACUUCGAUUCGGAUUACUACAGCCAGCCUGAAUCGCCGCAAGCCAAGCAUAGCAGUGCGUCCAUCAGGUCGUUUACGCCUUCAGAACGGUCGAAGAAGUUCCUUGAUCUGAAGGAAGAGCGACGACGGUCUGCUCGUGAUCUGAGUGAGCGCAUGUCUGCAGUAUCCCUGAAGGCACUACGUGAUGCGUCUCUUUCUCCAACGCCAGAAGAAGUUCCCGCAGUUCCUACGGCCCACCAGCAACAGGUUCCUUCUAUCGUAGCGGAUGACAGACGGUCUACGCGGUCUAUACCGCCCCCGCAAACCCUCAAGCCGAGCAUCAACCGACCAACGCCCAUCCUCAAGCUACAUCCCUAG